GUUGUUUGGUUCCUGGCUCUUGAUCAACACGCCUGUUCGUAACAGUAUUGAGUUGAGGUAUCCUCGCCAGUGGAGUCCAGUCCAGGCAUGGCUGGCGUGGCAGGCACGCAAACACUCUAAGCGGUCGGAUACUGGUGAGGCAGUUGUCGGGCAGGGCAGCUGCCAAAUGGCUCACUUACCUACCCGAGAGGAUGCCGCGAACGAGGCCGGAUUCGUGCCCGAUCUGGCUAGCGACCCCUGAAGCGACACCUGAUCUGGCCGAUGCAGGGAUCCGAUUCGCGCAACCCCAACCACCCGAUUCACCUUUCGACGAGCCCUGCAGAGGGGAAGUUGCCCAUACGAAAAUCGAUCCUUCGCCUCCUCUGCACCUGCCUAGAGCAUCGCAUAGCAGUUCGGAUGCUGCUGGUGAUGGCAUUAGGGUUAGGGUUGUUCCAGAGGGCGAUGGAGUUCUGCUGGGAUGCAUGGCCACCGCUAGGGUCAGCAACCUCAACCUCAACCUCAACUUCAACAUCAACCCCAACCUCAGCCUCAAGCUACCCAACAACAGCAACGUGCAUUUCUGAAAGGGCCCCACUGUCACUUGACAUGAUUGAGGAGUGCUUCUACUACCUUGCUCCCUAUGGCAUCCUCAUCUGCAAGGAACAUGCGACAGCGAUUGAGAACAUCGACAGGCACCUGCUCAAACAGCAUGGCAUAGGGUGGAGAGAGAGGAGGGAGGUGGUCGAGUACUGCCAUCUUCAUUUCCCGACCGUGGCACCCUGGGAUGUGAAGCUGCUACCAUCGCUGGAACCAUCUAUCAAGGAGCUAGGAGAUCCUCUGCCGGGCUUUCAGUGCAGAGCAGGUGACUACUGUAGCUUUAUUACCAUUAGCACUGCUAAGCUGCGGAUGCAUGUUAAGGGGGAGCAUGGGCAAGCGUGGAAAGGUGACACUGCUAGGCUGUACCACAAGGUCAAUGUGCAGACCUUUUUCCGUGCUGGCGGGCUGCAGCGGUACUUCAUUGUUCGCUCAGGAGAGAGCAGUACGCUUUCCGCCCCUCGAGAGGCAGCAGACAUCGUUCAGGAGCGGCUAGCUGAGUGGGAGGUGACAAAACGUAGGCAGGAAGAGAAGGAUCAGGUGCUUGAGGUGCAGGUGGCGAAGACGGACAAGACGGGCUGGUUCAAGCGGACAGGCUGGCUGGAGCAUCUUGCGGAAUGGAAUCUAGCCCAUCUAGCCCAUCAGAUCCGGCUGCCCGAUCGGGAGGAGGUGAGGCUACAGCGGGCUGCAGAGCUGGUCGAGCUGCUCAUAGAGAGGAGUGUUCAGGGGCUGUCGACGCUAGGGUGGGAGACGAGGCGGUGGCUACGGAGCGCGAGGCAGGAGGAGGUCGAUGUGUGGCCGAUGGCUCGACUACAGAACCCAGAGAGUCAGGCUCGCUAUGCUGGCUACAUGGUGAAGUUCGUCUGCUAUCUUCUACGCAUCAUCGCCGAUAGGGAGGUGAGGGUGGCAAUGCAGGACAGUAGCAAUGAAGAAGACAUCUCCAACAGUGACAGUUCCGAGUCCGAGAGCAUGGAAAACAGCCAUGACAGAGGCAGCAGCAGCAGCCGCAGCAGCAGCAGGAAAGAGAAGGACUGGAUGAAGGAUGCGUGUGAGCUGUUUUGCUGGACUCCGAGGCAGCGGGUGCUAGCGGUAGUGCUGUGGGAGAUGUUAGAUAUGGACAAUCAUGCCGAGCGGCACGAGGCUCAGCUCGAGGCGCUGCUCGAUGUGCUUACCUCCUUCAUCUUUGCUUCCACUGGCGACAACCCAUUCAGCAGUGGGCUGGUUCACUUUCUUGCUGUGCUCGGCAUCGACGCAGAGAUGACUCGCUUGCGUACAGCGAAGAACUACUCGUAUAUGCUCGCUGGUGUCGUGUACUGUAUACGAGUGCUGAGUGCGGAGAGGCUGCUUCCAGCUGCUUGCCGCAAAGAGCAGAUGGACGAGGACCGUGAACGUUUCUUGCAGUACAGAAAGAGAUAUCUCGCAGAUGGCUCGUACAGUCCGAUGAGCGAGGUGCUCAGCUUGCUUGCAUAUGGCAAACAUAUCGCACUUGAGGCUGGCAACUCGGGAAAUGCAUACUGGUCGAAGGACAAGAAGAUCUUCUACUUGAAUGGCCGGCCAAUCUACAUUAUCUGCUUCCGCAAGAUGGCACAGGACAUAGUUGCAGAGGCAGAGCAGAUGCUGUGGGAGGAGCUCAUGUGGGUGGCCGGGGUAGAGGAUCGGUUUACCGUUCAGCUCGAACAGCUCAUUGAUGAUGUGACAUUUACACAGCGAGGCAUGUCUUUUAUGCAGCAGCAGGACAACGGACUGAAAGACAAGCUCGAGUGGAUGCUUACCCGGGUGGAGCACACAGAGCAGGGCCGUAGGCUGCAGACGCGUGAGGGCAGAUGGAACCGGAGGCAGGUCAAGCGGUACUUGCACUGUGUGGACCGCUUUCUUGAUGCUGCUGCUUGUUUGUGUGCACAUGACAUCAGGGCAGCCAGGUAGAGGAUCGGAGAUUACAACCAUGCGGUAUCAGAACGGGCUGCUGCAGGACCGCAAUAUCUUCAUCAUGGACGGGCAGGUAAUGAUAGUGAUGCGCUAUCAUAAGUCGCAGUCGCAGUGGGACAAGCCGAAGGUAGUGCCACGGUUUCUGCCGGCACAGCUAGGGCAGGUUAUGGUCGUGUAUCUAGCAUACUUGCGGCCAUUUCAAGAGUAUCUCACGGUGCAGGUGCUUGGCGGCAGCUUCAGUGACUAUGUGUGGGCGGAUGAGCAGGGCCCAUGGAGGACAGACCGACUGACGUGAGCACUCCGGCGGGAGACAGGCAAGAGGCUGGGAGUGGAGCUGCAUACACUGGACUACCGACAUGCAGCAGUUAGCAUCGGGCGGGUAGUAGUAGGGGAGUCAUUCAGCAAAGGCUAUCAAGAUGAGGUUGGAGAGAUUGAGGAGGCUGAGGUAGAUGAUGAAGGCGAGAGCGCGCUAGAGCU